GCGCCGCUGGGACCUCGGGCAGGGCCCCGCGGGAAGCAAAGAGCAGGCAUGUGGCCCCCGCGCGGAGCCGCUUUCCUCCUGCUGCACCUGGCCCUGCAGCCGUGGCUAGGGGUGGGCGCCCAGGCCACCCCCCAGGUCUUUGAUCUUCUCCAGUCCUUUGGUCAGAGGCCGAACCCAGGAGUUCUGCUGCCAGUCCUGACGGACCCCACCCUGAAUGAUCUCUAUGUGAUUUCCACCUUCAAGUUGCAGACUAAAAGCUCAGCCACCAUCUUUGGCCUUUACUCUUCAACUGACAACAGCAAAUAUUUUGAAUUUACUGUGAUGGGACGCUUAAACAAAG